AUGUCAGUCGCCCAGCCACUGACAGAUACCCCCGCCCCCGUCCGUACGACCAAAGAAACCCACCCAAAUCUCCCACCAGGCCUUAUACUGGGUCCAGACGGCAAGCCCUGCAAAGUCUGCAACUCAUGGCAAGACUGGGCGGGGCUCAAGAUGAAAAAGAAGUCGGCCGAUGAGGGUCAAGGAGCGAGCGGCGGAAAAGGCGCUGGUGCUGGAGCAGCGGCUGGGAUGUCUGCAUUCGCUGGGAUGAUGUCUGGGGCAACCGCCUCCAAGCCUGCCCCGCCGAAAGCAGAGGAGAAACCGCUGGAUAGGUCAGACUGCCCGCCCGACACUGCUCAGCUGGGUCGCUCUACGUGGACAUUCCUGCACACCACGGCAGCCUACUACCCCCUGUCUGCACCCCCCAAUACCCAGACUCAGAUGCUCAACCUCCUUUCCUCCCUGUCCCUCCUUUACCCUUGUUCAUGGUGCGCUACAGACUUCCGUAAGGACAUGGGGAACAAUCCGCCGGAUGUGUCGGGCAGGGAGGGGUUGAUGAAGUGGCUAUGUGAGAGACAUAACGAGGUCAACUUGAAACUUGGGAAGGAGAGGUUUGGCUGCGAGGUGAAGAACUUGGAUGAGAGGUGGAAAGAUGGACCGGCAGACGGGAGGUGCGAUUAG